AUGGUCACCAAUACAUCAACAACGAAUAACAACAAUCAUUCAAACAACAAUGACGAAUUCGAUAUCGAUCAGGAUGAUGGUUUACAGGAUUUGGGAUUACCGGUAUCGGUGCAAACUUUCCUAUGGCAACAAAUUGCCCCGUUUAUAAGGCCAAAACUAGGAAAGUUACACGAAGCCAGUUGUAUGUUUUGUCAACAUGCACCGGGACACCAUGAAUCGAAGGGAGCGUGUAAGUCCUUUGAAAAGGUCGUGGUUCUGAAUAUACAAUUUGGUUUAUCACCUUCUCUGACGGAUGGCCUGGCUGCCAUACCACGAUGGCGUCUGCUGCAAGCCGCCCUGCCCCAUGUUAUGCAUUGUGUAUCGGCUUUGCUGCACAAUCGCGUCAAGGAUAUGCAGGCAAUAGGACAAAUUGAAACAACAUUGUUGUAUGCAAUGCAGUGGAUAUUACUCUAUGCGGCGGAGGAAUGUGCUGGAGACGAAGGUGGUCUAGGAGGUGGUGGUAUGGUCACGGAUGGUGACACGAAGGGAAAAUCAAUGGAACAAUAUUUAUUUUCGGUGCCCACAAUUACGCUCUUUGUCUAUUUAUUUGCUCCCAUUAUCCAUCAUUUAAAGGAAUCCGAUUUCCAAAAUUGUCGUUUAGAAAAUGGCAUUAAGUUAUGGCAGGGCAUGUGGGAUAAUCGUGCCCCGGGAGCUCCCUGUUUUACAGCUCCUGUAAAGCCUAAGGCACGUAAUCUAUUGUGUGCUCCCACACCAAAAGGAUCAACAGAUGUUUUUACAGGACGAAAACAAUCCCUCAGCGUAGAUGCCAUGUCCCCCAAAGUCGACUCACCACAAAGUGUGGGAUCCGAUCACACAACGCGUCAGGAUGAGGAGAGCUCUUGGGUGUCAUCGCCCAAGGAAUUUUUCCCCGAAACCAUACCCGAAGAAGCAUCCAGUGUUGAAGAUGAACGUGUUGUUAUUUUUCGUUUACCUUCUGCUUCCCAUUUAAUGGACAAUUCGUUUUUUACUGCCGAUGCUAGCCUGCUGACCCAACAACAACCACAAAGUCGUCGCGGCAGUCGCCAGUCCAUACAUUCAAGGGAUAAGGAUAAGCCGUCGACGAAAUUUGAAUUCGAUCAGCAGGAGUUGAUGCGUGGAGCUUCCAUGAAGGAGAAACGUAGUGCCUCUGUGGAGAGGGAGACGGAAUCAGAUAAAUCGGAAAGUGUAAAUGCUGAUGUCUCAGCGGCCACAUUUUUGGAUGUGGGUGUUAUGCGUUGCCUGUUCAUAUCACAUUGGCAGGAGGAGGGUAUCUUUUGGAGUCUUCAGUAUUUGUAUAAUAGACUAAGUGAAAUUGGUGAAGAAGCUGCCAUUUCCAUAAAUCAACCACGAAAACGUUCCAAUUCCUUGCCCAUACCACACAUCGAAAUUUCCCUCUAUCAGGGACCGAAUAGUAAUAAUCGUGAUAGCCCUGGAAGUUCCGUAAAUAAAGAUUAUAUUGAAAUACCCGAACCAUCCAUCACAGCAUGUUUAGCGGAAGAAGCCUCACCCACUGCGGAACGACGUGGCAGCGAAAAAAAGAAACGUGUCAAAAUGUCCGAUCUGCGAGCAUUUGUCGAAACGAAAAUGUUUUCAAAAUCGGAAAAGAAUUUGGAAAAAGUAGGCCUUGAUACAGGUUCAGCCAAUGGCAAGAGACCACUGCAACAUGCAGAAUACCACCGGAGUUUGGAUACUGGUGAAAAGAAGCUGUCACGUUCGGCAUCAAUGAUUUCCAGAGAACCGGCUAGUAAUUUGAUCAAGGGCAAAUCAAUGCCUAGUUUAAGCUGUCUUCUCGAUAGCGGAUUUUACAGAUAUGUUGAACCGCCCAAGGUUAUGAGAUCAUCACAAUCAUCGAGCCAGAGGACGACAUUUUAUCCACGAAAUCCCAUUAUCACGGUGACGGAACAUACACCAACACCAUCUCCGGAUUAUAUGAAGAGACAGGGCUCCAUUGACUCCCAAUUGGAUGCCAUGAGCAGUGGUGGUAGCAUUGGUGGCGGUAUGCAGGGUGCCAAUGGCUACAAUGGCAGCAUGGCUGGAUUGUCUACCAGCAAUGUGGGCUCUCGUUUUCGUGGCCAUAUGUUGCGAUCGAAUACCGAUUCUCAUAUUGAUUAUACUGGAGUGGAUGAAUCGGAGGCACCCGGAUCUUCGUUCUAUAUUACCCGUGAUGGAGGCAUAGAUUAUGAAAUUGUAUUACUGGCCGUAUUGAAUGUCUUUAAGCGCGAUUUGACUGUAGUAUCGUUGAGGGUGCUGGAAUCAGGUCUUAAUAUAUGUGAACUUCUAUUGGAAAUGGGUGUCCUCAAGUUGGGCGAACAUGCCCAUGAAAUAUCUAUGGGAAUCAUAAGGAGAGCCUUGCAAGUUCUGGGUUGUCCAAAUGGUUGUAAUGAUGGUGUUCGUGGACCUCCUGCCGAUUUUCUGCGCAGUCAGUGUCAAAAGAUCCUCUCACGUCUGCUGCGCCAUGCAAGCCAACGAACCAAAAAAUAUCUACAGGAAAUGGUAAAAAAUUCCGGCCUACAAGAGUUGGUUGACUUUUUCCAUGCUUUCUGUGCGUUUUGUGUGGAUCCAAGUUCCCUAUUAUCACCGCUAACUCAUAAACGCACGAGUGCCUUUAAAAAUCUUAACACCGAUCUUGGCAAUGGUGUAUCCUCAUCAGGCGGUCAAGGCGGAUAUUCGACAAAUUUCAGUGGCGGCCUAAGUGGUGGCCCGGAGGCUCAAGUUAUUGCUGCGGUGUUUAAACCAUUGGUAACACGAUUUGUGAAUGCCUCGAAGGAGUUGAAGUCGGUGGAAAAUACCAGUCUCUAUAGUGAUGUUCGCCAGUUUAUAACCUAUGUCAAGGGAGCCCAUGGUGGACCAUUCCGUUUGGUGGCUCUUAGUGGUAUAUUGGCGGUAACGCCAAGGCCACACAAGAAGGGGCCAGCAUCACAGACUACCCGAGUUAUAAGGCACAUACCCCAGGCAGAGGUUGCUCAAAGUGUCCAAAAUGAUGACAACCGCUCUCAGAGGCGUCUCUUACUGAAAAAGAGAAGCACAUCAUCCGCUUGUGCCGUGAGCCUUCUCGAAACCGAACCCUGUGACGAACACUACAAAACCAGUCAAUCGCCGUUGAGCAACUUCCGACGACGCACAACUGGCAUACGACCCACCCUGACGCCACGCCACAGUGAACGACAACUACUCUCAGACUCAACCUCAAGUUCGGAGAGAAAUUCUCUUGGACGCUUGAGUGGUUUGGUACGUUGGUUCAAGGGUACCCCAAAAGAAGCUUCAUCCAUUGAUUUAGAAAUCGGUUCCCUGAAUCCUGAAAUGUCAACGACAUUUGUUAGACAUCCCUCAUUGAAAAUCCAAAGGGGGAGGUCUAGUGAUGGCAUUGGCCGUUCCAUACAGAGAGCCAAGAGAAGAGUUGAACGUCGGCUAAAUCGUUUCGGUGGCAUUGUUAAGGGUAAAAAGAAACAGGGUGGCAUUGAAGAGACGGCAGAUUAUAGUAGACGUAGCUCAUCGGAUAUGUGUGAUGGUCCCAGAGAAUCAGAAGUGGUGGUACUGAAGGAACGUAAGCUAAUACCAUUGGAACCGGUUAGGAUUGGUAUGUUACGCCUGUCUUUUCUGCUGGAGACCUGUGCUCCCGGAUCAUUUCCGGAUCCUCAAUUGGUGGCGGCGGUUUUGGAUUUGCCCCAAGCUCCCUUGGUUACCCGAGCCACCUUCCUAUUGGAAUGUGCUCAUUUUGUGCAUUUGUGCAACAAGGGUCAAUGGCCCACCUGGAUGAAACAAAAUGUGGCUGGAUAUAGACCCUCAGGAGCCAACAUCAAUGCCAGUCAAAUAAAACAACAAAUGGGUACCACAAGUUCUCGGCGUACCCAUAUUCUGCAGAGAGCUGCUGGCAAAAUGUUCCAUCAGUGGGCUGAAAUGUUGGGCGCCCGUCUGGAGGAAAUACUCUUCACCGAACGCCUGCAGUAUGAGAAUGUCAAUGCCAGCCUUACAGAUCCCGAAAAACAGCGAGAACUUUUGCAACAAGACGAAGAAGAGGAUUUCCUAGAUGAGGCUUCCGUCAAUCCCCACGGCAAUGAUUGUCCACACGCCUUGAAGUUGAUCGCCUGUGUACUGCUCUUUGAAAUCACCGCCUUUUUGCGGGAUAUUUAUGUUACGCUGCCGAAGGCAUCGAAAUUGCUGCACAAAGAUAAACCAGCACCCUGGGAAAAGGUAUACCGUGAAGCAAAUCGUCGUUGGUCAAUGGCUUUAAGUUCUAUGGGUCAUUCGCAGACAUCGGCACAGAGUCUACAAUCGAUUGCGGCCGGCAAUGAUGCAGCGGGUGGCCAGACUGAAAGGAAAAUAUCAUUUGUACUCCAUGAACCGGACAAUGAAUCGGAGAAUAGCAGUAAUACAACGUUGACCAAGGAGGGAGAGGAAGCUCGACGCCCACCAGCCUCUGCAGUGAGACCCUUCCUGUUACGGCGUGGUACCGCCACCACAACUGGUGGAUCAUUUAAACGGCGCUCACUAAAACUACGACGCAACACCAAGGAUGGCAAAGAUAUGGAAACAGAUUUCAAGCGUGUCGAUUCGAUUCAGGCCAAACGUAAAGUAUCCUCACUAUCUGAUCGCAGUGAUACCUCGGAACAGGGUAUUGCCAGCGGCGGAGAGGAUGACCAUGGUUCACCGGGCAUUUUAAGUGAUGAUCAGCAGCCGGAAUCACCAACCGAUUCAAAUGAGACAGAUGAAACAGCGAAGAAUAUGCCAUGGCUAAAGGCUGUCAUCGAUUUGAUUAGUAGCUAUAAUUUCUAUUGUCAACACAAGGGCUAUUGUCAUCCGUAUUGUUAUAAGCGGCACAUGAGGGCCUGUACGCGAUUGGUCAAGGCAACAAGGAAGGUUUAUGGUGAAGAAUUUGGUUUUACAUUCGAUUCGGAUCAUCCCAACUUGGAACCCACCGUUAUUUCAUCAUCAAAAGUACACCAGCCGCAACGUCCCCGAUCAGCACGUAAAGUAUCCGAACAAAGUUCAACACAAACCUCACCGUCGAAACGUAAAGAUAGUCUAUCGCGUAAAGAUCGUAUUAGUGAUGAUCCUGAUUUAGAAAUGGCUGAAAAGCUAGCUAAAGCUUUCCGGCAAGAACGCGAGAAAAAAGAACAAGAAGAACCACCGAUAUUGAAAUUUAUACGCUUCCAUAUACGAAGUCUGUUCCAUUAUCCCUUUGCCACGAUGCUCAAAGGUGCAGUUGUCUUAACCGAAGAAAUGGUAAUUGAAGCAAUGCCUGCAGCAUGGGAACUGCUGCUGGAGACAAAUCAAGAUACCGCAUCGGCAAGUGCUGCAGUUUUCCUAAUGGGUUCGGUUAAGGCUCAAAACUAUGCCUUUGACAUUAUGCAGAGGGCGCUGAAGAACAAGGAUCCGGAUAUAAGAAUUGGUGCCAUACAGAGAUAUUUAAUUUUGUGGAAGAAUCGUUUCCAUGUGUGGCCUCGCAUGGAGGAAAAUGCCCAUGAUGUUACCUUUAAGGUACCUCCCGGUGGCAUCGAGUUUACAUUACCUUCACCGAAAAUUGGUAUUGAAAGUUUACCGGUGGUGGAUCCUCCAUGGAUGCCGGUACAACAAACCAAAGAUAUGGAUGUGACUCUGAAUCAGGAUAGACAUGUGGGAUAUAAAGUGACCGCCACGAAAAGUCGCAAAAUGCAACAAACCGAAGCCAUACGCAACGCCUUGCGUCAGCAGCGUGAUAAACAACGGGCCGAACGCCACAGCUUUUUAAUUACCACCAUACCCGUUAGCCAACAAGCAUCCCAUGAACCGGGUAUGGAACAUGAAGAUCACGAAGGUGAAGAGGAAAUCGAUGGCACCCGAAUGUCUUCACAUUUACAUCAUUCCCAUUCGCUGUUUCCAUCGGUUCUCUGUUCGUCUGUAAUGCAAAUUGUUGGCUGCUUAGAUGAUGCUGCAAUUGGUUCCGAUGGUAAUGCCGUCUAUGAAGUAGCCUAUCAGGUUAUAUGGGUAUGCUUGGUUGAAGAAUCGGCGCUCUUUUUGCGUUAUGUAUUUGAGCGUCUAACACGUGAUCGUCAGGAUCAAAUGUUUAAACUACUGAGACACCUGAUACGUUUUGUACCACGUCUUCCUCAGCAGGCUGCAUUUGCUUUAUAUAACUCCAUUAUUGGUUACAUUAUGUUCUAUGUUAGGUCAUCCAAUGAUCUCAAACAAGAGCUUGUUGGUUCGGCUUUAUCCAUUUUAUGGAUGGUUGUCCACAGUGUCCACGGCAUUAUGUUCAAGGAUUUGAAACAGAUUCUCCGUAAGGAACAAUGUGAUGCAUCGAUUCUCUUAACUGCCAAUGUACCGGCUGCUAAGAAAAUCGUUGUCCACGGCCCAACGGAUGAUGAUUGCAAUAUACCCUCCCAGUUCCCCGUGCAGGAGGAUACACUCUUCUGUCAAUUGCUAAAAGAAGCUUUGGACUAUUAUACAGUGGAUGAAAAGAAUUUGAACAAUUAUUGUUUAGUGGACUAUAAGAGUAAUAAAAUACUCAAUCCAAAUUGGUAUAUACGUGAUUUAUACUUCUUCAAGCGCUCCCAAUAUCCAGAAGUUCGUCUAGUCUUACUGAAACCCGAUGAAUCAUUUUUGGCACUGCAAAAACAAGAACUGACCAAGAAAUUUGUAGAAAUUGGUAAAGUCCAUUUAACCUGGGCAAUUUUGAAAAAUGUCGAUAUGGUCGUUCAGCGGGUCGUCUUCCUACACGAAGAACUUAUGAAGUUGCCCUCCUUCCCACGUAAAGCUCUCGAAGUUGAUUUGGAUUUACAUCAAAGUGGUGAAUAUGGCAAAGUGCUGCUGGGUUUAGAUGUCCUUCAUAAGUUUAUGUGGGUACGACUGAUUGCUCGUAUGUUUGAGGCUAUGGCUGGUAAUUUUGCCUAUUCAGCGGAUAUUCAAUUAUUUUUGAAUGUGCUGUCGGGCGCAGCAUUCCUACAUGCUGAGGAUUCGUGUAUUAUGCGUUAUGUUAUGGCAACGUAUAUCAAUGCGGCCUUUAAUUUCAAGAACAUCUUUUCGACAAAUGGUUAUUUUAUGAUAAUGCCGACAUUGCUGCAGAUCUAUUCGCUGCAUCAGACAAAUAAACUUAUUACCACAACGAUUGAAUAUGCUGUCAAACAGUUUUAUUUGCUGAAUCGUAAACCAUUCAUAUUGCAAAUGUUUGGUUCUGUGUCGGCUAUUUUGGAUACUGACGAGGAUGGUUCCUACGGGGAUGCUCAUAAGGUUCAAUCCAGUUGUUUGUUUAACCUAUUAUUAAGUUUGGAGGAUCCCUCCCCAGAUCCCUUGAAUAUUGCCGAAUUGGUUAAGGAACCUAAACCUUUGAAAGCCAUUGAUUUUUGUUAUCACGAUGAAGAUGGUGAUGUUACCGUGUUGGAUUGUAUUACAUUGUGUGUAAUGGUGGUUUCCUAUUCUGCAGAAAGCACCCGGGGAUAUCAGAUGUUGAUAAUUCUGGAAGCCAUUUUACCCUGUUAUCUGCAACAAAUCCAAUCGCCCAGUUAUAUUCCGCUGCAGGGAAAAUCCGAACGUGACAUCAUUCUACAAUUGGCAGUGGCCAUUCGAACCAUGGUCCAUAACUGUGAAGGAUUGGCCAAGAGCUAUAAUGGCCCAUAUCGUAAUAGCCCUGAACACAAAGGCUCUUCACAACGUAACUGCAGCCGAGGUCCACCCUGCUCGCCAGGCCUUGAUUUUGAAGAAGAAUCACAUUCGAAAUACAUUAAUGAUCCUCGAACCAAAAACAUAAUCGAUUCUGGAGAAGAUUCGGAAAUGAUAAGAACCGAAUAUCGGCGACCCAGGGAUGUCCUGCUCUCAGUGGUGGGUGAUUUCCUUAGUAAGGCCACAACACGCCUGCAGGAACUCUCCAAGAAAAUGCCCAAGGAUGAUAAUAAAUCCAGUGAAGUGUUGGACGCCAAGUGCCAUAUACGUUUAGCCGACAUUGCUCAUUCAUUGCUCAAGGUAUCACCCUAUGAUCCCGAAUCGAUGGCCUGUCGCGGGUUGCAACGUUAUAUGCAAGCUGUACUGCCACGGGCAGAAUGGUCCAAUGAUACACUGCGUAAUGCUUUGGUGACAAUCCUAAGGAGAAUUGAUAAGAUAUUUUUGAAAAUCUCCAAGAAACCUUCGAUCCGACGCAAUACCGAUUGGGAGGCUGCCGCUGGUCUACUCAAGGGCAUACACGAGACCAUUGUACGCCAUCCAUAUGUCCUGCAUUGGCAACAAAUGAAAACCUUAAUAAGCACCGUACAAAAUCUCAUUGUUAAUGAACCCGGUUCCUCGGCUCCGGAAGGUGUAUCAAGUGCCGGGGCAGCUCUUAUGUCUCAGAAUCCACCGGCCUUGUUCUGCUCGACAGUAGUACGUUUGGUGGCCCUACAGGUGGUAAGUCCUGUCGAUUGUUUUUCGCUUGUGCAAAUAUGUGGCGGUAGUGCAGAAUUUGCCACCCAGGAGAAGGCCGAAGGAUAUCUAAUGCAUUUGAUAAUGCCCCUGUGCUUGAAAGUCUGUUCCGGACGGGGGGUUUCCGAUGUGGGCGAGUUGAAAAUGACCGAUGUUAGUUAUCUGUUAACUGCCGUGCUCAAUGCCAUGAGUCCACCAGCGGGCCGCACUGGCCAGGCGGUGUCACAAAUCAAUCGAGUGGGAGGCGAUUUGAGAACGGGAUCUUUAACAUUUACUGGCAGUCGGGAUGCCAAAAGGCCGGCAAGAAUUGCCGGUUCUUUGUAUCAGGCAGCAUUUUUGGCCCUGAGAAUUGUUUGUAUUUGCUUUGAGAGUCGUUUGUCCACGGAAUGGCCAAGGAUUGUCAGAGUUAUGCGGGAUUUGGGUCGGCGAAAUGAGGCUGCUCCAGAUUUAUGGAGUUUUUUGGAAUUUGUUGUUACCCAUCGGACACCACUUUAUAUUGUCCUGUUGCCGUUUAUUUUGCAUAAGAUUUCCCAGCCUCCAAUUGGUGACCAUGAACGACAUAUGCAGUUUAUUAUACGAGAAAGAUUAAGAGGCACACCUCCCCAGGGUGGCAUAAAAUCAAAGGGGGCCUUACUCUUAGAAUUGGCCAGAGAUAUGCGGGAGCUAAGAGAUGAAUUGGAAGAUAAACGUUAUGAUCGUGAGAGUUCCGAUCAAAAGAAGAGCGAUACCCCAGCAGCCACAAGCGGUACAGAUGCACAUAAUAAAUCCCAACAACGACCUUCUUUAAUUUCAAUUUUCACUGGUACCACUACAGGGCAAGCAACACACUCACAUGUCUCGGCAGCACCAAUCGAUUCUCGCAGCGGUUCGGGUGGCAUUUGUACACCCAGUGAUACGUUGUCGCAACAAACUCUGCAUCCACCACGAGAAUCAUUAUCGAGCAGUUCAACGGGCAAAGAACAUCACACAACCAGCGAAAGUCAUAGUGGUGGCGGUGCUGAUCCAGCAGUUGGUUCAGCCCCAACACUAAUUGGUGCUGGCGGUGGUGCAUCCGGUUCAGGAGCUGCAUCUAGUCAAGGCACAAGUUCGGCCACAAUUGCCACAGCUCUGCCAUCGGGUGUCACCUCACAGCUGUCUCAUUCACAAAGCCUACAACAGGCACCGUUUAAGGCCCAACCACCGAAAUUACGUUUUGUAUCAUCUGUGGAAUUUCGUCAUUCUUCGGGUGAAACCUCAACCACACCUUUGUCACCGGAAAGUCCAGCUGAAGAUAGUUCGGGAGAUCAUACACGUUCAAGAUUGCAAAGAACAAAGGCAGCUAGUCGUAAAACUUUUCGUUUAAAACGUAGCCGCCUAACACCCAUGGAACCACCGAGUAUUGUUACUGCUUUAUCGCAAGAAGAACAUCCCAAACCAAUUGGAGAAAUAUCUUGGGAUUCGGUGUCACAGACCUCUUCCACAUCUGGUUAUCGUGAUACGAAUAGUUUACAAACGGGUUUGCUUUCACCCGACGGCUCAUUGGGUGGCUUGACAUUGGGACGCUCUCCAUCACAGCAUUCCCUUUUAAUGGUCUAUGAGGGACAAGAUGAGGAUACACUUAUAUAACAAUCACAGUUUGAUGGUACGGAUGGAGCUGA